GGAGCUUAACCCUUCUCUUGUACUGUUAUAGCCAACAUGGCGGCGCCGUUGGAGGUGGUGCUCAGCAGUGAUUCGGGCUCUCAGCUCUGGAACUGCACCGUGUUCGACCUUCACAGCGGCUCCAGCCUGCUGUCCUACCGGGGAGGGAACUCCACAGCUCGGACCCUCACCGUCCUGCGUGGGGAGUUCCUGCUCAGCGCCCAACUGGGGAAGAACUUCAUCAACGUGUGGGAGAUCCAGAGGAAGGACCAUCUGCAGCAGAAGAUCGUCUGUCCAGGUGUGGUCACUUGUCUCACCGCUUCACCCGAUGGGGCCUUCCUCGCUGCCGGAGUGGCCGAGGCCAUCUACCUGUGGGAGGUUUGCACAGGUAAGCUGCUGGUGGUGCUCAGUCGACACUAUCAGGACGUCACGUGUCUGAAGUUCACAGACGACAGCAGCCAUUUUGUUUCUGCGGGCAAAGACAACCUGGCACUGGUGUGGAGUGUGUGCAGUGUGGUCCAGUUGGAUUUAAGUCACACUCCUGAGCCACGCCACGUCCUGGCCCGUCAUUCCCUGCCCAUCACAGACCUGCACUGCGGUUACAUGGGACCUCAGGCCAGAGUCGCCACAUCGUCACUAGAUCAGACUGUAAAGGUGUGGGAGCUCUCCUCAGGUGAGCUGCUGCUGUCCGUCCUCUUUGAUGUGGAGAUCAUGUCAGUGACCUUUGACCCCUCCGAGUACUUCCUGUUCUGUGGAGGACGUGAUGGGAACAUUUUUCAGGUGUCCCUCUGCAGCCAGAGUCUGAACCGGGAAAAAUCCUUCCAGUCCGACAGCGAGGGAAGCCAGGUGUUCCAGGGUCACAGGAACCUGGUCACGUGUCUCUCCGUCUCAAUGGAUGGGACUCUACUCCUCUCCGGGUCACACGACGAGACGGUUCGUCUCUGGGACAUCCAGAGCCGACAGAGCGUCCGCUGUCUCCAACAUAAAGGUCCCGUGACAAACGCGAUCAUCAUGUCUGUGUCAGCGAACAUGUUCCUGCCCGACAGUCGGCCUGCCGUGCCGCUGCCACGCUUCAGUCGACACCUCCUCACCGCCGAGGGGAACGACGGUGAAGCAGGGGAGGUUUGUGUUCGCCCCGCCCUUCACAUACAGGAGGAAGAGGAAUCCUACCUGCAGAAAGCCAACAGGUUGUACUCCCUUAUGUGCGCCGUGAACGACAAGACGGUGGUCGGUGACGGUGAAAACACGAAGGCUCGGGUUGCAGAGCUGGAAGAAGAAGUUCAGAAUCUGAAAAAGGUCAACAAGGAUCUGUUUGAGUUUUCUUCUCAGCUGCUCACCAAGCCCACAUAACCACAAAGACUGACAGAGAACCACACGGACCCACAGAGAACCACAGAAAACCACACAGACACACACUGGCAAACGCAUCUUUUGUUACAAAAUAAAAAAUGUU